AUGUGUAUGCCUCACUCUUACUUAUACCAGAUCACCCAGGUCCUUCUAUCCAUUCUUCGAUAUCCAUUCGUUUCAAAUCAUACCAAAAAAAAGAAAGCAAUGAAAGCUGUUUCGAUCAUAGUGAUAUGCCUGAUCGUGGCAAUGCAGCAGCAGGUGGGCUUUGCCGGUCCUGCUGCUGGUGCGACAUGUUGUGCAGGCUGUUGUACUGCGGCAUUGAUGAUUCCCAUUAUGGGUGGAGCUGGUUUUCUUGGAUGUGUACCAUUAUGCAUUGGCACUAUGGGCACUUCGCCUCCGUGUUUAUUCUGCGCUGCUGCAUUUCUCGCACCAACAGCAUGA